CAAUAAAAUGUUCACCUCAUGCCUGGAAGUUUUGGCUGGAUGUGUCAACAUAGUAGCUAAGGCUAGCUUGCUGAAGUAACGUUAACUAACGUUUAACACACUUGGUGGAUUAGGAUGAUAAGACUAGCAUUGCGUCGGUCGGCGUCCAAAAAUAGCCGCGUGGAGCUUGCACGCCUUUUAACUGCAGCUUUUUUGGGAGCGGACAGUCCACAGCAGAACUCAGGGAGUAACAUUAACGUUAGGUGUUUCAGACAAAUUCCCCACCCACCAAGCGACAAGUCACCGCUCAACCACCAUCCCCAGCCGACCUACCACCUCAGUUCAUCUCUCUUCAUGAGCAUGGCGUCAGAGGGUGAAGGGUCGUCAUCCACGCCUCACAGACACACCAACAGGUUAGCCAUGGAGAGGUCGCCCUACCUGCUGCAACAUGCACACAACCCCGUUGACUGGUAUCCGUGGGGACAAGAUGCUUUUGACAAAGCAAAGAACGAAGACAAACCGAUCUUUUUAUCAGUGGGCUACUCAACGUGCCAUUGGUGCCAUGUUAUGGAGAGGGAGUCUUUCGAAGAUGAGGAAAUUGGCAAAAUCCUUAGUGACAACUUUGUCUGCAUCAAGGUAGACCGAGAAGAGAGACCUGAUGUGGACAAGGUCUACAUGACUUUUGUACAGGCAACGUGCGGAGGUGGAGGUUGGCCCAUGAGCGUGUGGUUGACCCCUGACCUACGGCCUUUCAUUGGAGGCACCUACUUCCCUCCUACAGACCAUGCUAGAAGACCUGGGCUCAAAACAGUCCUCACCAGGAUCACGGAACAGUGGCAGAAUAACCGUCCUACUUUGGAGUCCAGUGGAGAGAGGAUCCUCGAAUCUCUGAAGGAAGGAACGGCCGUAGCUGCAAACCCAGGAGAGAGUCCUCCAGCGGCCCCGCUUGUCGCUAAUCGCUGCUUCCAGCAGUUGGCGCAUUCCUACGAGGAGGAGUACGGAGGCUUUAGAGACGCUCCCAAGUUCCCCACACCAGUGAAUCUGAUGUUCCUCAUGUCUUACUGGUCUGUGAAUCGCACCACCUCAGAAGGGGUGGAGGCUCUUCAGAUGGCCUUGCAUACGCUCCGUAUGAUGGCGCUGGGAGGCAUCCACGACCACGUGGCUCAGGGUUUUCAUCGUUACUCUACAGAUUCCUCCUGGCAUGUUCCGCACUUUGAAAAGAUGUUGUAUGACCAGGCUCAGCUGGCUGUAGCCUACAUAACUGCCUCCCAGGUAUCGGGUGAGCAGCUCUUUGCAGAUGUGGCUAAGGACAUACUGCUCUGCGUCUCCAGAGACCUGAGUGACAAGUCCGGAGGUUUCUACAGUGCAGAGGAUGCAGACUCCGUCCCAGCAUCAGGGGGGACAGAAAAGCGAGAGGGGGCUUUCUGUGUCUGGACAGCCUCAGAAGUUCGGGAGCUUUUGCCAGAUGUGGUUGAGGGCGCCACGGGAGCUGCCACACAGGCAGACAUCUUCAUGCACCACUAUGGGGUCAAGGAGCUAGGCAAUGUAACUCUGGAACAAGACCCCCACGGGGAGCUGCAGGGCCAGAAUGUGCUGAUCGUGCGGUAUUCAGUGGAGUUAACGGCUGCUCGCUUUGGCAUCAGUGUCGAGAAAGCCAACGAGCUCUUGGCCUCCGCCAGGACCAAGAUGGCAGAAGUGAGAAAUACUCGGCCACGCCCACAUCUGGACACCAAGAUGUUGGCCUCCUGGAACGGUCUGAUGCUGUCGGCCUACGCUGGUGUCGGAGCCGUGCUGGGGGACAAGGCCUUGCUGGAGAGGGCAGUGCAGGCCGGCAACUUCCUAAAGGAGCACCUGUGGGAUGCUGAACGACAGACCAUCCUCAGAUCAUGUUACCGCGGAGACGAGAUGGAGGUGCAACAGAUAUCUCCGCCUAUCUCUGGCUUCCUGGAUGACUACGCCUUCAUCAUUCGCGGCCUCCUGGACUUGUACGAGGCCAAUCAGCAGCCGGAGUGGCUCCAGUGGGCCGAGGAGCUGCAGCUCCGGCAGGACCAGCUGUUCUGGGAUGACCAGGGCGGCGGCUACUUCUGCAGCGAUCCAAGUGACAGCACUAUACUGCUGCAGCUCAAAGUGGAUCAGGAUGGAGCUGAGCCCAGUGCUAACUCCGUGUCGGCGUCCAAUCUCCUGCGUCUGUCCCACUAUGCUGGAAGACAGGAGUGGCUCCAGAGGUCCCAGCAGCUGCUGGCGGCCUUCUCUGACCGUCUGACCAAAGUCCCUAUAGCACUGCCUGAAAUGGUCCAGGCUCUUAUGGCCCAGCACUACACGCUUAAACAGAUCGUGAUCUGUGGCCAGAGGGAUGCCCCCGACACCACAAGUCUUCUAGCAGCAGUCAACUCGCUCUUUUUACCACACAAGGUUUUGAUGCUCACUGACGGCGAUGCAGACGAUUUCCUGUGCCAGCGUCUGCCCGCCCUCUCCUCCAUGUCCCAGCUGGGUGGUGUCGCCACGGCCUACGUCUGCCAGGACUUCACCUGUUCUCUUCCUGUCACUGACCCCCAGGAACUACGCAGGCUCCUGCUGGACGGGACCACGGACGUAUAUUCAGAGUGACCACUGAAGAAUUGAUUGAUAAUCAGCAGGAGGGCUGUAAUCUUCAUAGACUACACUCAUCCAAUCUGCAGGCCUAGCCUAGUCUAUUUCUGCCUCCUUCUGUUCUAGUGAAUCUGACAUUGCCAUAUAAGAAUGCCAGUGCUUAAAAAGUAAAUAAGCUACAUUGGUAGGAAUAGUUACAGCACCAUGAGGUGACUGGGGCUUUCGUCCUUUUUUUAUUCCAAACCUGUAACUCCAGCCUAUUCUUUAUUAGGAAGACCAGCUACAGUAUUACCUCAACUAUCAACUCCAGUUCUUUUUCAGCAGGCUUUCAGGGACAGUUGAUCAGUGGAGCCAUAUUGAAAUUCAGGUAUCUAAAUGUCCUUAUAAAGAAAUAUGCAGAGCAGCAUGGCAGCCUACUGAAAAUACACUGUAUGUAGCACUUGUACAAAAUGUCCUGGCUUGACUGUUUGCCCAGAAGUUAACUCCAGACUCUUGAUAGAUAAGACAACUUGGAUGAAUUUGACCAGCACUAUUUUGCAGAUGAACCAAUGUGCCCCUGUUGUCCUCUCCUGGCCCUGUGUUCCAGCUCCCACAUUCAUGUGGCAUGGAUCGGACAGUGGAGACGUGUGAGUGUGGUUAAAAAAAAAAAAAGGUUGGUUCGCAGGUUUGUAUAUCUCCACGUGUAUACAUUGCAAAAGCGUGUGUGCAUUUCAUUUAAUUAGUUGUAACGUCACAGUGAACAAGCUGCUCUCUCUUCCGAUCCUCCGUAUACUAUCUGCUCUCGCUCCCGUUAUCUUUGAUCCAGCGUGAGAGCAUUCUUCUCCACUGCCGCUGACUGUGUGUCUGAUGGCUUUUCUCUUGACAACAACAAUACACAGCAUGUAUACGCACAACCCUGAAUAAUAAAUACAUCUCCCUUUAAAGGCA